UUUCUAUAAAAAUCGUGACGUCAUUUCGCUAAGGUAAACAAAAAUGGCGGAACAUCGAGAGGGCUAAAGAAGAAAACGAGACAAAAUGGGACAACAAAACUCAAAGUAUAACAGUUCAUCCGAAGACCCAGAAAAGGGGGUCAUUCCACAAAAUACAAGGAAGAUUCAUGGCUUAUCCAGAAUUUUAACAGCCAAGGCUGAACACAGAAGAGAAGUGGCCAUCCAAGGCUGGGAUAAACAUGAUCAAAACAUGAGAAAUAUGCAAAUGUUAAAGGGAAUGUUCAAACAACUCGACCCCUCAGUGAUGAGAGCAGUUGGAGAGGUCAGGGGUGAAGUGCAGCUAUCCUACAAGUAUGACUUCAAACGCCAUCUGCUGUUGGUCAAAGUCAUCAAGUGCAGAGAACUGAGAAGCAAAGAUUUACGAUCCAAAAUGUCUGACCCUUAUGUAAAGUUGACACUUAUGCCUGACAAUGAAGGCAUGGGGGAGAGAAGGACAGCCGUGGUCAGACAGUCUAAUGACCCAGUGUUUGACGAGAUCUUCGCCUUCCCUGUGGAGGAGACGUCACUCACUGACCUCAAGAUGGUGGUCCAAGUGAUGGAUGCUGACAUAAUGGGGCAGGACGACUUUAUUGGGGAAGUCAUUGUGGAGAUGACCUCAUUCAAUUUCAGGGACACACCAUUUCAUACUGCAUGGUACUCCCUAAACAUGGAGACUGACCUUAAUGUGGCGGGAGAGCUGGAGAUUUCGGCAGAUUUCCAGCUUCCCUCCAGCCUCUUUGUGACAGUUCACCGGGCCACGGGUCUGAGUGCUCGGGACGAGGGUAAAUCUGCCGACCCCUUCGUUAAACUGACAGUAACAGGGACAUCCUCCAUGUUUCAAACACAGGUGGUGAGGGAUAGCCUGAACCCAGAGUGGACCGAGAAAUUCGAGUUUGAUGUGACACAGGAAGAGCUCGGCAACAGGUACCUGAUUCUCCACAUGAUUGAUCAGGACAGGGUCACCAGUAACGACUCCCUGGGUCAGGUGGUCAUUGACCUUCGAACUUUUGACCCAGAAAAACGUCUUCACCAAACUUACCCUCUUGCUGACUUGAGAAACACCGAGCUGCUGAGGACUAAGUGGGGCCAGCACGCCACCGCUCAGGAAUUCAAGGAGGCUCUCAUUGCCCAUGCCGCCUCCAAACACCCCUCCUUCCUGUUCACUGAGCAUUCUGGGAAAAAGGUGGUCAACGUCAGCUGUAGAAAAGCAGGUGCCCGCGGCAGGAUACGCAUCAUUGACGGGAUUCCGGUCAAAUGACGCCUGCGCAGCCAGCCAUCCGUGUCUUUUCCGGUGACGCGCCUUGCCUCUAUGGCUGAGAUGACUCCUCUGUUUUUCCUCGCUGUGAUAUACUAGCCAGUAUUUAUAGUGUAAACAACAGAACUUUGAUACAUGUAUUUAUCCUUAACCAGAGUUAACCACAUUCGUGUGCUGAUGUUAUGUUUAUUCUCUAAUGGUAUCCGUCCGAAAUUUUUAUUUUAUUUCCAUUCUAGAUCUGUAUCAACAUUUAUUCAUUAUAACAUGUAACUACGGACGAUGUUUUCAUUAACGUAUCUGUUUCAAAAGGUGUUAAAUAUUUUAACUGGACUGAAAUGAUGGGCACAUAGAUAGGUGUAUGGUAUUGUUCCGUCCUUGUUAAAGAGAUUGUUUUUUGUUGUUGUUGGGAUUUUGAUUGAAGAUACAUGCAUGCAGCUUUUGAUUAUGCGAUCUUCCACAAAAUUCACUGUUUUAUGAAGAAAACACUAUUUUGUUUACGAACACCUUUUAACGUUUCAUUCUUUUUUUUUUAUAGCUUAGCGACAUUAUGUUGUUGUAUAGGUUUAUUAUUAUAUUUUUUAAUUUUUGAAUUCUAGUAGGGUUACUUUUUUGGUAUACAAAAUAACAGUAUUGAUCGUGGAUGGGCUAUUAUAUGUCUCUCUGUAUGAUCAGCGAGUUUAUAUGUAGGCGUUCAAGUAUCGGUAUAUAAUUCAUAAGUAUUUCUUCAUCGUUUUUGUUUUAUUACAUUUGCUCUGUACGUACCGAUAAGAAACUUUAAUGUCUUCAUUUUCACUUUUCCUCCCGAUUACCGUCUUCCUGCGUUUGAUGGAAUAGAUGUACCACGAGCCUGAUCAAUAAUUUACAGAUAACUUCUUCUGCUUCAACUUUAUCCAGCUCGAAAUCUGCUUUAAUUUGUUAUUUUACGACUUUUAAGGUUUCAUCCGUUAUGCUUAUGUUAAUAUACUGAUCCUAUCAUCGGCUGUACCCGUCUUUCUUCGGAAGAGGUUAAAUAAUGCGAGAUUUGACGCGAUGAUAAUUUUUACAAUUGAUGAACAAAGUAGCAAAACGCUGAUAAUUAAAGUUUGCUCGCUCAAAACAGGUCAUAAUCUUUAAACUGAAAAAAGAAAAUUUAAUUGAUUAUCUGCUGAAAUUAUUUAAAAUGCAUCUUCGCAGACAUGUUUAAAUCUCAGAUUGGUGCGAGGUCCACAUUAAAAUUCAUUGCAAUUAAGUUUGUCUACUGACAUGCGUUUGAUGAAACUGAAUCCUUUGAACGCGUUUUAUGAUUUUCUUAACGUAUUUUAUAUAAAUUGAAUAGGUUGUAUUCGGUAUGGACAAGGGAAGCCCUCUCUUUGACUCUGUGUACGGCGUUGAUCGCUAGGUUUCCCGAUAAUCUAAUUAGAUGUUAGUGUUUCCAGACGCUGGCCGGAGGCCGCCAUUAACGUCCUUAUAUAACAAUGCCGUCAUACAGGGAGACGUUUUAUCACUAUUCACAUAUGUUUAAUAUUUCAACCUAUAGAUAUCGAAAUGAAAAUUGAAUUGAUAUCUCUUUUUAUGUUGCUGUUAAAGUUAAUUUUAUUUCUGUUCACUGAAGUAUAACCAAAUGACGGGAUUAUGUGAAUAUAAGAGUUGUUAUAAAAGUUUUCUUAUGCUAACUGAAAUGUGGAAUUUUAUGCAUUAUGAAACAUUAAGUUUAAAUAAGAUGUCAGCAAUAUUUAGAAAAAUUGCGGCAUAUAUUUUUUUAAAAGUUUGCUUGAGUUUUUUAUGUUCAUUUUCGGUACGAAGGAAUGUUUAGUUGGUAACAUUUUCCUAUCAGAUUUCUCAAUUUUUAUUUGGUCUUGAUGACAGCCACUUGAGGACUCCAAUGUCUGGAUCCAAGCUCGGGCCGCCUGCACUUUUUAAUGCUUUUUCCAAGACUUGAUAUUUUGUUCCUUAUCUCCGAUAACGGCGAUCACUAUCUUACAGGGUGCUUUUUUGUGAAGUUUUCUGCAUUUUGGCACUCUGGUGUAUAAAGUCUUAGUUCUUUAUCUGAUCGAGUCUAAUCUUUAGGUUAUGAUAUGAUAUCGCUAGAAUCUCGAUCAAAUCUCGCCACAUUUUAAUCUGUGCUGUGCCCACUGGGACCAGAUGCAAAUGACUAACCCUGCUUGUGUCUACACUGACCCGGACAGUAAAAUAUAUUAGUUUUUUUCUGGUAGACUCGAUAUGAUUUUAACAUAUUUUACAGCUUUGUUAGAUCACGUUUGUUCCACUACUAUAGAUAUCGGACCAUACUUAAUGCAGUAGAUCUGCAAACCUUUACAACUUUGUUCCGUAGUAAAGCAUAUACAAGCAGCUGGUCUGUAUUGAUACAAUAUGUACAUUGUAAUAUAUUCUGUUUAUUAAUGUUUUAUAGCUUCAUGCAAUAAAAUUAUUUAAUUGAAUCUGUA